UCCUUCUCAGCCGGAACGUGGACUCACUGACGCAUUUGUCAGAUCCCAUCUAGCCGUUUCAAAUGGAUCAACAUGACUGUGACCGAGUGUCCAUGGCAGACUACUGGAAAGAAUUCUCCACACCAUCAGCUUCCGUCGUUGAGAUGAUGUUGGACAGAGGGGGUGAGAAGCUUGCUGCUUUGGAACAGCCGGAGAUACUAUCUUAUCUACCGGACUUCACUGGCAAAAGGGUGAUCGACCUUGGAGCAGGCAUUGGGCGCUAUACAUCCACAUUUGCCAAGUCAGCCUACAGCGUGUUCGCCAUCGAUUUCAUGAAUGAAUUUAUUGAAAAAAAUGAAACUAUCAACAAUCUCUACAAAAACAUUGACUUCCAAUGUGGAGACGUCACUAAACUUCAAAGAGACAACAGAAGUGCUGACUUUGUGUUCUCCAACUGGCUGUUGAUGUACCUGUCGGACACGGAGGUACUGGAGCUGCUGCAGAAGGUGCUGGAGUGGUUAGAUGAGGACGGUUAUCUAUUCAUUAGAGAAUCCUGCAUGGGUCCCUCAGGUGACUAUCCAGUUCGAUUCAACCCAACUAUCUACCGAAAUGCAAUGAGAUACGAAGCAUUAUUCGCUUCUUCUGCUAUAUCAUGCGAUGAAAACAAGUCAUAUGGAUUUGAAUGCGUGAUGUCUACUUCAGUUGACGCAUAUGCUAAGGUAAAAGAUAACAGAAACCAGAUAGUAUGGUUGUUGCAAAAGGUUGAGCGAAACAACGGCACCAAUAAGGCAUUCCUAGAAAGCCAUGAGUUACAAGAGACCUAUCAACACCGUGUGAUUGGAUACCAGAAGAUGUUUGGUUGUACGAUGUUUGGUGACGUCCUGGAGACUGGUGAGGUGGAUGUGGGUACGCUUGACCUGAAACCCCACCACACCGUGUUAGAAGUCGGAUGUAGUUUUGGUGACAGAUCCGUCGACUUAGCGAAGAAAUACGGAUGCAAGGUUGUUGGAGUUGCCAUGUCCAUCAUACAAAGGCGCCAUGCAGAGAAAAACGCAAAGGAAAACGCCAUGGGUCCUGAUCAAGUGAAGUUUGAGUUUGCUGAUUUAUUGAAGAGAAACUACCCGAACGAGUCUUUCCAUGCGAUAUACAGUCGGGAUUCCAUAUGCACAAUCGCUGACAAGAUGACUCUGUUUGGGAACUUCUACAAAUGGCUAAAACCAGGCGGAAAGGUCUUGAUAUCGGACUAUUGCAGCAGCACAGAGGGUCACUCAGAUAUCUUCAGGAAGUAUAUGAAGCAGAGAGGCUACACCUUGUACAGUCCCGUACAGUAUGGGAAGCGUUUUGAAGAAGCAGGGUUUGUAGACGUCAGAGUUGAGGACAAAACAAAGGUCUUCACAGAAGCACUAACUACAGAGCUCAAUCAAAUCCAUAAACGGCGUGCUGAUUAUAUUGGGGAUGUCCACAAGAAAGACUGUGAUGACAUUGUCAGUGACUGGAAGGACACACUGCAUCUGACUGGAGAAGGGGAACAAAGAUGGGGAAUCUUCUGUGCCACAAAACCAUCACGUCCUUUGACAUAAGGGCAACUGUACAUUUCUUUUGAAUGACAUUUAGAAGUGAUACACAUAAGGUAGAUAGUUUUUAUGGAUGUCAACAUCUUUAUUAUGAGGAACACAACGUUUCGGAGUAUAUCCUUACUUCUUCAUCACCUAACAUCCAUCUCCGAAACGUUGUGUUCCUCAUAAUAAAGAAGUUGACAUCCAUAAAUUCUACCCUCAUUAACCGUACAUUUCAAUUACAAAAUGUAUUCUAAUUAUUAUUGAUUUAACAUUUCCACUCAUCCAAAUGUUUGGAAAGGAACCAAUAUAUUCAAGUACUUGUAAAGAACACGUGUCUUUUUCAACUUUGUACACCUGAUGAAGGAACAGGAAUUAGCUCUGAAAC